AGGCCCACGUUCUGCCUGUACUUCCGACGCAGAGUAUUUGUUGACGCUGGUGCCGCGCAGUCAGUGCAGCUUUCAGCCGCUGCUUUGAGGGGAGUGUAAUAAAGUUCUCUGUACAAGAAAGAGUGGGUGAACUCGUUGAGGUGAUCGGUCGGGGUCCCAGUCCUCGGGCUGGAGUUGGGGGAGAAGGCAGGGUGCCGAAGCGGGUGCAUCUCUAGAGACUUCUAUGACUGCUGUCUCGAAGAGGCAACUGAUAUCGCAGAAGGCUGCAGAUAUCGGUCAACUCGUCGAUCGGCCAGGUAAUGGCAAUGACAGAGCAAACUCCAUGCAUCUCAAUGAGUAACCAUACAAAGGAGCGGGUCACAAUGACCAAAAUGACAUUAGAAAACUUUUACAGUAACCUCAUCACACAGCAUGAGGAACGGGAGCUUCGGCAGAAGAGACUGGAAAAAGCAAUGGAUGAGGAAGGAUUGAGGGAUGAAGAGAAAAGGAUGCGAAGGUCAGCUCAUGCAAGAAAAGAAACAGAGUUUCUAAGACUAAAAAGGACAAGACUGGGACUGGAGGAUUUUGAAUCCUUAAAAGUAAUAGGAAGAGGUGCAUUUGGAGAGGUGAGGCUGGUUCAAAAGAAAGACACAGGGCAUGUCUAUGCGAUGAAGAUAUUACGGAAGACUGAUAUGCUUGAAAAAGAGCAGGUUGGACACAUCCGUGCAGAACGAGAUAUUCUAGUGGAGGCUGACAGCUUGUGGGUGGUGAAAAUGUUCUACAGCUUUCAGGACAAACUAAACCUUUAUCUUAUCAUGGAAUUUCUGCCAGGAGGUGAUAUGAUGACAUUGCUGAUGAAGAAAGACACUCUGACGGAAGAGGAAACACAGUUUUACAUUGCAGAGACUGUACUGGCAAUUGAUUCUAUCCAUCAGCUUGGAUUUAUCCACAGAGAUAUUAAGCCUGAUAACCUUCUCCUGGACAGCAAGGGACAUGUAAAGCUUUCAGAUUUUGGGUUAUGUACGGGACUUAAGAAGGCCCAUCGGACUGAUUUCUACAGGAACUUGAACCACAGCCUGCCAAGUGAUUUCAAUUUUCAGAAUAUGAAUUCUAAGAGGAAAGCGGAAACAUGGAAAAGAAACAGACGUCAACUGGCAUUUUCCACUGUUGGAACACCAGACUAUAUAGCACCUGAAGUAUUUCUCCAAACUGGAUACAACAAGUUGUGUGAUUGGUGGUCAUUAGGUGUCAUCAUGUAUGAGAUGUUAAUUGGUUAUCCUCCGUUUUGUUCUGAAACACCGCAGGAAACAUACAAAAAAGUCAUGAACUGGAAGGAGACGCUGAUAUUUCCACCUGAGGUCCCAAUUUCAGAAAAAGCCAAGGAUCUUAUUUUACGCUUCUGCUGUGAAUGGGAGCAGAGAGUUGGUGCUCCGGGUGUAGAAGAGAUCAAAACUAACCAUUUCUUUGAAGGUGUUGACUGGGAACAUAUUAGGGAAAGGCCUGCUGCUAUUCCUAUUGAAAUAAAAAGCAUUGAUGAUACAUCAAAUUUUGAUGAAUUUCCUGAUUCUGAUAUUCUCAAACCAAUGGGAGCUGUAAGCAACCAUCCUGAAUCGGAGUUCAAGAACAAGGACUGGGUCUUUAUCAACUACACAUACAAGCGCUUUGAAGGGCUUACAGCAAGGGGGGCUCUUCCAUCUUUCAUUAAACCAAGGAAGUGAAAUCUAUAUAUUUCAGUUUCGGAUAUCAGUUUUGUCAUUGCCUUCAAAAUUGAAGUGUAAUUUUCAUCCCAGAAGUGACUUGAGCUUCAGUAUUUCUUUUUAUAGUAUGUAUCUCUUGGAAAUGUCUAGGAACUGACUUUCUAAAAGGGGGACCUGUCCUGCAGAACAUCUCCUUGUAAAGCUCUUUGAAAAAAAUCACUGUGUUCUUACACUUCAUUCCACUGAUUAUGGCUGCGGUGAAGAUAAAACCUCACACAUCCCCGCAUUAAGGAAUCAUUGGUGUGCAGCAUGGAUUCAUAUGGAUAUAUUUUCUUUGGCAGGUUGGCCCAUUAAAGGGCCCAAUCAUUCCAAAACAGUCUCCCUCUGAAUCUGUUCUAAAUAACAGAGAAAAUGCUUGUUUUAUUUAUUUCUUUUUUCUUUGCAUUUAAGGUGCAUGUUGGCAUUUUGUUAUUUUGAAAUAUUUCUGCAGUUUUGCUUGAUAAAAUUUGAAGUCUGCUAUAAAAUAGCAAAAAGUGAACUUCUCAUUGUACAGCAUUAAGUAAUUUCUGCCUUAAUCCUUUAGCAAAAGAUACAUUGCUAAGCCUUAAAUAAGUCCAUUGUGUUGGAAGUUAUUUGUAAGAAUAUGAUGUUCUGUGCUGUUGGUGGCCACCAGCUCUACUGUGUUAUUUUUUGUCUAAACCAAACUACCAGCUCUAUGUGUUCAGUGGAGCCUUAGGGCAAGGACACAUGAUCGGCUGCCUGUACUCGCACCUGGGCGGAUUCAGUGCUUCUGGAUGCAGGCACAACAUUAAGCCUAGGGGUGGAUUGUAAACCUGUGCUUAUCCACAGGCUGACAAUACGCCCGUGUGACCUGAACCUUAGGGCUACUGCUUCACAGGGCUGGUUCUUAACCUGAUAAACGCAAGCCAAGAAUCGGCUUCUACGCUGGUAUCGGCCUUUCCCUGUGCCUGAACCCAGAGCCGUUGCAUGGGCCCGGGAGCUUGCAUACAAAGCAAAUUUCAGUGUGUAUACUUGCAUUUUUCGGCACCAAAAUCCACUCUGUGCCUGCACUCAGCCCGAUGCAUUGCUCCAAGUGAAGGCACAGGGAAAGGCUGAUGCCAGCAUAGGAGCUGAUUCUUGGCCGUGUGGCAUUAACCUUAGGUCAAAGUCGCACAGAGUGUUGGCUCCACUUCACUCCGCCUGCACUUUGUAGGCAUAUGGAGAAAAGCAGGUCUGCUCUCUUUUGUAGUUCCUUGUAGCUGCACUGACAGGCACAGCUUCAGCCUGAGUAAAGUUACAAAAAUGCCUGCUGUCCCAGUUCUCAGGCCGAUCCCCACUCUACUUUGUAUAGCUGCACACAGGCCAGUCGGAAAAGUGGAGCCAAUGCUCUGUGUGACUGCAGCCUUCAAGGGGUUGUUCGCCUUUGUGUUAAUUUAAGUAUGUGUAGAGAGUGAAAUUCUGAGACAAUUUGCAGUUGGUUUUCCUUUUUUAUUUUUGUGUUUUAUUAUUUCACUUAUUGUUCAGCAGCUCUCCAAUCUGAAAUUUUAGCAGUUACCAGGGAAUGGUUUAAAUGAGAUGUGAAUAGGCGAGGACCUGAAUAGAAAGUAAUGAUAGUAACAAAUAAAUAUAAAGUAACAAUAAUUGUAGCCUCCGCAGGGUAAUAGCUUUUUUGCUGUUAGGGGUCAGUGACCUUCAUUUGAAACCUUGAAAGAGUCUCAAGAAAAUUUUUUUUAAUAAAAAUAGCAAAUUCAUGAAGAGCAAUUAAAAAGUUUACUUAGAGUUGACCUUUCUAUAACAUACAAAGUUAUCGUUAAGGUGAGCCACCCAUUAAAGCAAAUUGUACCAUCAUCUGUGCACUUAUUCAGCCAAAAACAAAUCCAUUUGUUAACCUGUAGUCCAGUUGCAAGUCAAAACGAAAUUCACUAUCUGUGAAUUACCAGGCGUUCCGAUGCUCAAACGGCAGUUUUGUCCAUGCUUUGCCCCUGCACCAACUGGUUGACUCAAUGCAUCCUACCCACAAACUAGCACUAGGGCAAUGGCAAAAGAAAACCUUUGAUAACAAACAUCCACAGAUUGCUAUCAGAGGACUGUUGCUUGAUGCACUCGUGUCUGGUAACCGACUAUAAUUUCGGUCCAGAAUCCCCUGUGGCACUUGCUUUUGAAGACAUUGGUGAGUGACCCCAUCAGUUCUACUAAAAAAUACUUAUUUAUAACCUGCCCCAUUGCCCUGCAGUAAGAAACUACAAGUUCAAAAUUGUGCAUACUCAGUGUGUCAGUACUAGCCUUUCCCUUAUUACAGGGGCAUCAAUCUGCAGGUACCAUGAAAAUGCAUUGCCCUUCAGCAUCCCCUCACCAGCUGCUCCUCAGUUCCCCCCCAUUGUCGCUGCAUGUACCUGCCGCUGGGGUUGCUUAGUGUACCCAGCCAGCUUGGCCCAGGACUUACUCCCAUUUCUCAAUGAGUUUCCUUUCACACAUCAAAAACAAACAGACAAAUUAACUGGUUGUGAUAUAAUUGUCAAUAGUGUGAAAGUGAUAGGGAGCUUACACACUAGGAUGGAGCUGAUUGAAUGAUGUAUAAUAUCUGCUUUGUAGAAUUAUCCAUACAUUUAAGUGCUUAUCAUACAUUAUAUUUGGAAGAGCACAUUUAUAUAAGCUAGGCUUUCCAACAUGCAUGUCACUAAUUCUAUUUAUUGACUUUAACAUGUGGAUUUUUUAGGUGGCUUACAUACAUCCCCCCCCCCCCCCCCCCCCCCCCCCCGCUAAAAAUACUUUCAUGAAACCAUGGAAAUGCAGAGUUCUGGAUUUAUGGCUCAUUAUACCAAAAUGGCUUAUGCGUGUUGCCAUAAAGUGCCGUAUUGUGCAAGUACACUAUGGGGAAGGCUGCCCCCUGGUAUUUUAGCCUUGAAUCAACUUAUGUUUUUAAAGAUGCAGUGUGUCUGUAUACUUGGCUGCUACACCUUGAACAUGUGCUAAAAUGUAGGGCCUGUUUACUGAAUGGUGAUGCUCUUUUGGCCCAGCUGUCACCCCACUUCUGUAGCUGUAUCCGGCACACUAUUGCUGAAUAACAGGAAUGCCGAUUACUACGGGAGGGUUAUCCCCCAACGUGCUGAGUGUCAUCACAAGCAUGUCUUUGGUUCAGUAAAAUUGAUCAAAUGCUUUUCAUGCACCUGUUCAGUUCCUGUUGUUAUUCAUGAAAAUGCUACAUGGGGAGGCACAUUUAUUCAAACGGUUGAGUGAUUGGAGCACAUUGAACUCUAACAUCAUUUGGACCUUGUCUGCACUGUAUUUCAUGCUUUUUUUAUGGGCCUAAACUGGCACAGAAUAAUAGCAUAGAAUAUAAUUAAACAGUGGCACAGCAUGGAUUCCUUCGCUAUAAUAUCCUAAUCUGUUAAAUUACAGGGAUAAUUUUCCGUGCUCCCUGUCUUGACCUUGGUUGGCAGCUUUAUAAACAACCCAUUACAGUUGUGGCAGUGGAAGGAAGGAGCUGCACAGAUCUUAAUCUUUGGUGGUGUUGAAAGCAAACGGACUCCUUGGUGCUCUCCACCUUGGCUUGUAGGCCAAGCAGCCAUCUCCAAUACUUGGGAAUGGGAGCUCAUUUUAUCCAUCAGCUAUUCUGUGAAAGACAGCCAAUAGGGAGGCUGAAACAUUAAUCAUAUACAUAUCUAUAUGCAUCUUUUCUAUCCAAUGAAUAGUAUUUGAUCCCUUUUAAACAAAAGUCAAAGACCCAGAAGAUAAAACCUGCUUUAUAGUUCAGUCACUUGUUCUCCUACAGCCCAGUCUUAUCCUUGGGGUUGAUAAUCGCAUUGACUUGAUCAUAGCCCUGCAUUUUAAUACAAAUACCUUAAAUAUCAUGCGUUUUAAAAUGAAUGUAGAAAUUUGCAAGUUAUGCAAACAUAGUUUGUCUGUGUAUAUAGGGUAUGUGCAUUGUGGUCAUAAUGAAAGCGUUGUAUUAUCAAUUGCUUAUCUGCAAUCUGCUAUAUAAAUAUGCAGCCUAUGGUUCAUGGCACCAGGCAUACUCAUUACUUCAUUAUAUACCAAUACCAUAAGCCUACAGGGCCCUUACAUGGCAACAAAGGAGCUUAUUUACAAACAUGUUUAAAAAGUAAAGCAAAAACACUUUUUUUAAACUAGUAAGUAAACAAGAAUAAUUGUAUGUGAAUCCUGAAUGCGUAUGGGGCACUUCUGCCUUGUUUUGAUGUUUCACAGCAUUUUUUGAUGAACAUGAGUUAUAUAAAAUAAAAAUCAGUCUGGCCUUUUCAGGGUGCAAAUAAGCCUUUCCCAUUCCGAUCUUUAAAGGGCUAGUAUCAUCCUAUUGUUUCCCCCUUUUUAUAUAUUUAUGUUUUUAUGCUUGUCUGUUAAAUACUGAGCAGUUUUCUAUUUCAGAAGAAAUCUAGUUCAAAUUAAAUUAUGUAUUUUCAAAUGAUAA